AUGCCCUCGUCCACUGAAUCAGAUCUCCCAUUCACCAUCCGCUUCUGCGGGGGUAUCGGCUGCACCGUACGCGGGUAUCUUCGAGGUGACCUGUGUGUCGCGUGUCAGUGGGCGUCAGAUCCCGCCCGAGCCGAUUACCUGAAAAAUGGCGAGUAUAUCUCUUGCAAGUGGUGCUUUGGGCAUGCAGUGAAAGCCAGUACUGGAAGAAAAUUGUGCGAACACUGCGCACAAGCCUUGGGCACUGGGCCCCUCCCGAAUACCGCGUAUCCUGCUGGGCCUUUCGUCUCCUCUGCUGCCCGUCCGUCUACUCCAUCUUCCAGCUCCUCUUCGGCCCGUCCGUCUGCCUCCUCCUAUAGGCCCUCUUAUGCCCGUCCGCUCGCCUCUUUCGGCUCCUCUUCUGCCCGCCCGUCUGCCUCUUCCUCUUCUGCCCCUAUGCUCGCCUCCUCCUCUGCCUCCACUUCCGCUUCGUCUGCACUUGCCUUCUCUGACCCAUCCAGUGGCGCUGGUUCAACCAUGUCGGCCAUCAGGCCAUCAACGGUGGAAGCCUUUGAUCUGGCUCGCCAGUGCCUGUCGGAGAGGCACGGCCUGGCCCACACCUCCAGCGAAUCCAGGCGGGCCCCCCAGCUAGGAAAAGGGAAGGGGAAGGCGAAGGGAAAGGGGAGGAGCGAUGGGCUAAUCGCUCGAGGGGGCCCGGGGGGGAGCAGGGCCGCAGUUGACCACUUCAAUGGGCAGAUUGAAGUUGUCCACUGUUAUACCGUCCAGAGAGAGGUGAUCGAGUGUGGCAGCCCCCCCCCCAAGAUACCGAGUACUGUCCAGGGCCUCCCGGCUACUUCUCUGAGGCUCGCGAUGCCGGCCCAAAGCGGCCUCGAGCAAGCUUUUUUGAGCUUCAGGAAUAUGUGGGAGAGUGGGGAGUUUGAGGUCAACCACAAGCACCGAAUCUCUCUGGCCGGCAUCGACUUUUCCUCCCUCGACCAGUUGAGGAUCCUCCUGCUCCGGCGCGGGUCUACCAAGCAGUGGGAACAGAUCCGACCCUCCUCUCUUGCGCAGUACACCAACCUGUCCCAUUGGUUCAAUGCCAACUACGAGGUGGAGGAUGCUCGUUUCGGGUCUGCCGCCGACACCAGGAAUGGUAAGGUCAAGAUCUGUUGGGCUUUAAAAGAACGCCCAGGGGAGGACAGCGACGACGAGAGCGACGACGACGACGAGAGCGGCGACGAGAGCGGCGACGACGUCGAUCCUCCACCCCCCGCUCGGCCUCGCGAUCCCACCCCGCCACGCCAGUCCCCCUCGCCUCCCCAGACCACCCGGUCUCCCACGAUUUCACCGCGGACGGCUGCCUUCCUCGAGUCUCUCCAGGGCCCGGCUCCCUCGCCCUCUCCGCUUUCCCCUCCUCGCCAGUCGCCCUCUCCGCUUUCCCCUCCUCGCCAGUCGCCUCCCCCGCCUUCCCCUCCUCGCCGGGCGCCCACGGUGAUUGAUCUUUCAUCUCCGCCUCCCCGCCGCUCCGCCAGCCCCCUCGCCGAUGUCCCGCCUGCCCAGCGACGUCGGUUAAACCCACCCCGCAGCGAGGGUGGUUCCAACCUCUCCAGGAGAAUCGACCAGCGGUAUGGCAUGUAUGGCUUCACCCUUGAACAGGCCAACGCCCAGAUGGACGCCACGGGCAUGUCGGCUGCCCAGCUCGACCUCCCUCGCCAGUUCCAUCGGGAACACUCGCCUUCGUCUUUUGGGUACCAACCCUUGGGUACUCCGCCCCCGCUCUACCGGCGGGAGCGAUCCGUGAAUGUCGAGGCGGGUGCCGUUGCCGUAGCAGGUGGCGAGGUUGUGGCUGGCGAGGUUGUGGCUGGCGAGGUUGUGGCUGGCGAGGUCGUGGCUGGCGAGGAGGAUGUGGCCGGCGAGGAGGAUGUGGCCGGUGAGGAGGAUGUGGCCGGUGAGGAGGAUGUGGCCGUCCGAGAGAUGGACGCAGAGCGGGUUCGAGCCGCCAGGCUGGCGAGGUUCAUGUAA